AUGAAAUCUUCUGAGAUGCAUCAGAUUGCUCGGUUUGUAAUCUACGAGGAUGAAACCUUAGCUUGGAGUAUUGUACCUACAUAUAUUGAUUUAUGUGUGCUGGACCUGUGUCUGAUUAGGAAAGCAUAUAUGUCUUUUGAUCACCAGAGCUCCAUUCCAAUAACUGGUGGUUUGGUUCACGCUCUUGGAGAUUUGAUACUAGAUAAGCUGGAUGAAGCUGAGAUCUCUCUGAAGGAUUUAACAGGAGAUAUGAGUGGUGCCCUAGUUGUUGUGGCUAUCAGUAUCAUGGCCGUGGUUGCUAUCUGUCUACAGCAAAAAGAUUGUCAUGAGGUUGCAAUUUCGCUCGAGGUAGCAAUGGAUUGCUCCCCAAGAAACAGAGAAGACAGAUCACUGAUAAAGCAGAUGCUUGAUGCUUCUAGAAGAUUUGGCUGGAGAUAUAUGCCAGUGUUUCAUUUUUGACCAACCACUAGUCCAGUCUUUGCAUUGGUGAAUCACCUGAUCUGAAUUGGCCACAUGCUCUCUUUGUUUGCUGAUUGUGAUAGGCAGGCAAGCUGGUGUACAUGGACUUACCUUUUUCUUCUGUCACAUUCUUUCAGACUUCUCCUAGUUUCUACACCAGAAAUUUUAGUUUUUCAUCUACGUAGUAAUAAUAUAUAUUUUUCGUACUAAAACGCCAUAUAUUUUGAGCCACUAAUUAGAUCAUGUGUUUUAUUUAGCCUGUUACCUUUUUGUGGGCCAUGCCGUUUAUGUCACGGAUAUCGACAUCCAUGUCUUCUUGCGAGCCUCAGCGAACCAGAGCAC